GGUUGGUGGUCUUAUCUAGAGUCUUCUAAGCUAAACUCUUUUUAAAACCCAUCCACAAUUCCCCUUCUUUUUCAUCAUUCAUUUCUCUUCUUAAUUAAACAUUUACAUAUCUUUGUUCCUAGUAUUAUUUUCUCCAGAAAAACCGUCAAUUGAAAAUCAAUAUUUCUAAAACUCAUUUGCUAGAUUAAAGGAGCUAAAAACAACCAUAAUAUCCAUUUUUGGGAUUUUCAUUUCCCAAUUUUGACCUUCAAAGCUCAUUUGGUUAAGCUAAGAACCAUUCCUUCCUAGAUUUUAAGUGCCCCAAAAAUCUGGCAUUUCCCACUUUUCUGGGAUUUAUUUCCUUUGGAAUUUUAUGAUCUCAGCUUGAAACUGUACAGCUUUUUGAUUGAAAUAAUCAUUGGGAGUAGAAGAUAAUGACGAUAGUUUCAAUACCGGGAAGUUCAGGGUACUUGGAUGCUAAUGAUAGGAAAGUUACUUACUUCAGCAAUCCCUAUGUUUUGGGUUUGACUUUCGUUGCUGGUAUUGGUGGUCUCCUUUUCGGCUACGACACAGGAGUAAUAUCUGGUGCACUUCUGUACAUUAAGGAUGAAUUUCCCGAAGUUGAUCAAAGCAGUUUCCUACAGGAAACUAUUGUCAGUAUGGCAUUGGUUGGUGCGAUGAUUGGAGCUGCUGCUGGGGGCUGGAUUAAUGAUUAUUUUGGACGAAAGAAAGCUACUUUGUCUGCUGAUGUUGUUUUCGUACUAGGAUCUGUGGUGAUGGGUGCAGCUCCGGAUCCAUACAUUCUUAUACUUGGACGACUCUUAGUAGGUUUGGGAGUUGGUGUUGCUUCUGUCACUGCUCCUGUUUACAUCGCUGAAGCAUCGCCAUCAGAAAUUCGGGGGGGCCUUGUGAGCACAAAUGUACUAAUGAUUACGGGUGGACAGUUUCUUUCCUACCUUGUGAAUCUUGCUUUCACAGAGAUACCGGGGACUUGGAGAUGGAUGCUUGGAGUGGCGGGAGCGCCUGCUGCUAUUCAAUUUGUUCUCAUGCUAUUUUUACCUGAGUCUCCGCGAUGGCUUUACAUGAAGAAAGAUAAAUCUGAAGCUGCUGCUGUUCUAGCUAAGAUUUAUGAUCCUUAUCGGUUGGAGGAGGAGCUUGAUCAGCUUGCUACUGCAUUAGAGGAAGAACGCUUGAGAAAGCAGGCUAUCAGUUACCUGGAUGUUUUUAGGAAGAAAGAGAUCAGACUUGCGUUCUUUGCUGGAGCUGGACUGCAGGCAUUUCAGCAGUUCACAGGCAUCAACACAGUUAUGUAUUACAGUCCAACAAUUGUGCAGAUGGCUGGGUUUAAGUCGAAUCAGCUUGCAUUACUUCUAUCUCUCAUUGUUGCUUUAAUGAAUGCCGUGGGUACUAUAGUGGGAAUUUACCUCAUUGAUAAGUUUGGACGCAAAAAGUUGGCAUUGACAAGCUUAUCUGGUGUAAUUGUAUCCUUGAUUCUCCUUGCUGUAGCAUUCAUCUUAGAGUCAUCUACUUCAGGCAGUGUCGGGGCCUAUGGUUGGAUUGCCGUAAUAGGUUUGGCCCUCUAUAUUGCUUUCUUUGCACCUGGUAUGGGUCCUGUGCCAUGGACAGUGAACUCCGAAAUAUACCCUGAGUCCUACAGAGGAAUGUGUGGUGGCAUGUCUGCUACUGUUAACUGGAUAUCAAAUCUCAUAGUGGCCCAGAGUUUCCUAUCCUUAGCUGAGGCAGCGGGCACGGGUGUUACUUUCUUGAUACUAGCUGGUAUAGCGGUGAUGGCAUUUGUGUUUGUCGCGGUGUUCGUGCCAGAGACCAAGGGCUUGUCAUUUGAAGAAAUGGAGAGGAUCUGGAAGGAGAAAGCUUGGGGUAAUGGGUCUGGAAAAGAAGCACUUCUUGAAGCAAGAAGCUAGUUAUAAACUAUGUUGCUCCGACUUUCCAAAAUUGUUGCCGCACCCGUGUCCGGUUCUCCAAAAAUACACUACAUUUGGAGUAUCUGACACUCACCCGACUACAUUUUUGAAGAGUUCGAGCAACAAAAGGAGGGUCUUUUGGCAUCUUCACAAUCAGUUGAUGCAUAAUGGCACUUUGUAUAUUAUAUACAUAAAUAAUAGGGUGAUAUCAAUGUAAUGUGGACUAGGGGAGUUUUGCAACUGCGUUAUUAAAGUUUUGGUUGCAAGCUCCAAUACAAAUGAUAGGGAGUAGAGUCCUCCAGUACUUUUGAGCUCCAUGUACUUUGUAUAUGUAUGAGAUUUCAAGACUUGGAUAAAGUUAUGUUAGUUCUGUCAGACCGGACUAGAGAACCCAGUAAAAUGUUUUCAUUUUUUUAGCAGAUAAAGCCAUAAAGGGCUAGUAUAGGGUAAGGGAAACAUUGACAACUACUUUUGUCCAAGACUUUUUCAGUGUAUCAUUAUCUUUUGUGAAAAUUUGGUUGGACGCGAUUGUACA